AUGUGGAGGCUUCUUUGUCGUUUGCUGCCUUUUCCCGAUAUUCUACAGAGAUUUGGGAUCAACCUACCAUCUAUUUGUCCCCUCUGUAAGAAUGAUUCUGCUGAGCUCGAACACUGCAUGUUUCGCUGCCCAACGGCACAGCAAGUUUGGCAUCACUUUCGUGGUCUCUUCGGCCUUGGCGCUGCUCUCUCUAGCUCAAUCAGGGUCGAGUGUCACUCUUGGUGGCUUCUUGCAACUCCGGGGUCGGCGACGGCUUGGUGCGCGAACUUAAUCCCGUGCCUAAUUCUUUGGACUCUUUGGUGUUCCUACAAUCGGGGUCUCUAUGACGGCCAAGUUGCUUCAACUUUCAUCGCCAAUAGACAGAUCAAACAGGAUCUUUUUGCACUCUCCUCUGUUCAGAAACUUCGACGUAAAGGGCCUGAGGAUGAAUUUCUCUUGACAGAAGGGAUUGUGGCGCGUUUUGCAUCUCCGUCGCACCGGCUGACGAUUUGGGUUAAAUGGCUUACACCGCCAUCGGGUCGCCUAAAGCUCAACACUGACGCUUCGUUCGCAGAUGACGCCGCUGCUGGUGGUACAUGUUUACGGGACUCCAGUGGCUGCCUUAUAGCUGGUUUAUGCUUCCGAUUAGAAGCCACAUCGGCUUUGGAAGCCGAGGCUUUUUCGUUACGGUGUGCGCUGCUUUGGUGCAUGGCUUUUGCCAAGCGCCCUUUCACGAUCGAAGUGGACUCGCUUGCCCUCGCCACUCUGGUUGAAGGCAAGCAGACCAAGAUACCGUGGAAGGUUAGAGAUGCGGUGCUUUUUGUUCGUUCUUGCUUGGACACUUGGGGCUCCACGAUUAGGCAUGUCUAUCGGGAAGCCAACCAAGUUGCAGACGCUUUAGCUUCGGCUGCUUUGAGUUUCCCCACAUCUAUGAUCUUUUGUAACGCUAGCUCUUUGCCCGAGAAGGCCAAGUUAGCUCUUAUGUAUGAUCUGAGGGGUUUUUCCUCUCUUCGGGCGAUUCGUCGCUAA